GGAGGCAGCGGGAGCCCGCGUCGCACAGCACCGCGCCUGAGGGCGCUUCUCCGUGGCUGACCCUGAAGAGGAGGAGGCCCAAGUGCCAGAGCUUUCUCCCCUAGAAGGUCGGGACUCUCCAGCAGUGUGUGGGUUGGUUGGGUUGGGUUGGAGGUGCAGCGUUUGGGCCGAGGGGGUUCCUCUUCUCCCCUGGCUGGAGAAGUCUAUCCUCCGGGGGCCGUGUUCUUGGCCACUGCGAGGCGCACCGUGCGGGGAGGGACAGCGCGUCCUGUGGGGUGCGUGCACGGCGGCUGUGGGGGCGUGUGUGCUGGGUUCCCACCCAGCAGCCAGACUUGAGCAUCUCCCUCUUCGGACCUUUGUGGCUGGUCAGACGCGCCCAGGCCAGGGAUCCCCGGCCCCGCCCGAUCUUGCGGGCUGGCAGGCAUGGACAAGGCCAGCGCGUCGAGCUGGGACCAAGGGGGCGACCCAGGUCCGGCGGCAGAGACAGCAGCCGGGCCCUCGGGUCCCCGGGCGGCCCGCGGCGGUGAGCGGCCCGCGGCCCGCCCGCAGGAGCUGAUGCGCGCCCCUGAAGAGGAGGCGGACACGUGCCGCGGGCCUCCUGCAGCCAAAAGGCUGAAAAGGGACACCGAGGGCCAGAGACCGAGGAGCCCCCGAGUGGAUGAAGAGGAGGCCCAGAAGAUGCGAACCCUCGUGGCUUCCAUGAGCCAGGAGCAGCUGGACCGUUACGAAGUGUAUCGCAGGUCAGCCUUCCCCAGGGCAACCAUGAAACGUCUGAUCCAGAGCGUGGCUGGCUCGGCGGUGGGCCAGAACGUCGUCAUUGCCAUGUCCGGAGCGGCCAAGGUCUUCGUCGGGGAGGUCGUGGAAGAGGCCCUGGACGUGUGUGAGAAGUGGGGGGGAGGCCCCCCGCUCCAACCCAAGCAUCUGAGGGAGGCUGUGCGCAGGUUACGCUCCCGGGGCCGAAUGCCCAGCACCAAGCACAAGAAGAUCUUGUUCUUCUAGG